CCCAGACCCAGUUCCUGUAUUUAUUUAUUUUGCGCCAAAACAAUUGUUCGUUUGUUCUUCCCAAAGAUCCCGCUUUUUCUCGCUUGCCCACUUUCCCUUUAAAACCCUAUCUUUUUCUCGCCAUACGAACAAUCCAAAAUCAAAUCUCUGCGGUCGGCUUUCUCUCGCUACUCACAGGUUAUUAUAAUCUACUGUUAAUGGCUACCUCUACUUGGUUUUCCUCCUGUUUAUUGAAUGAAGGUUCAAUUGUUUCCUUGCCCACCAAGAGCUAUGCUGGAUUAACGUGCAAUUACUCGAGACUAUUUGAUAAACAAAUCUUUUGUUCAAAACCAAUCUCUGUAUCUGCUGGAUUAAGGCAUUCAUUGAGGAAUGGAAUCCAGUGUCGUGCAUUGGAAAUUGAAAAUAGCCCUUCAUUUUCAGUUGGGAAUAAGUUUCAACUUGAUGAUGUGAUUGAGGCACAGCAGUUUGAUAGAGAAAUUCUUAGUGCUAUUUUUGAAGUUGCAAGAGAAAUGGAAAAGAUUGAGAAAAAUUCUCUUGGGAGUCAAAUCCUUAAAGGUUAUCUAAUGGCUACCCUUUUUUAUGAGCCAUCUACUCGUACUAGGCUUUCUUUUGAGUCUGCUAUGAAAAGGUUAGGCGGUGAGGUUUUAACUACUGAAAACGCGAGGGAGUUUUCAUCUGCUGCCAAGGGAGAGACGCUUGAAGAUACUAUUAGAACUGUUGAAGGGUAUUCUGAUAUUAUUGUUAUGCGUCAUUUUGAGAGUGGUGCUGCAAGAAGAGCUGCAGCUACUGCUAGCAUUCCUAUUAUUAAUGCAGGUGAUGGUCCUGGACAGCAUCCAACUCAGGCUCUUUUAGAUGUAUAUACUAUUGACCGAGAGAUAGGUAAAUUGGAUGGUAUUAAAGUUGCACUUGUGGGUGAUCUUGCCAAUGGAAGGACAGUCCGCUCACUUGCAUACCUCCUUGCCAAAUAUCAAGAUGUGAAGAUUUAUUUUGUCUCUCCUGAAGUAGUAAAAAUGAAGGACGAUAUAAAAGAUUAUUUAACAUCGAAGGGAGUUACAUGGGAAGAAAGUGCUGAUUUAAUAGAAGUAGCUUCAAAGUGUGAUGUUGUGUAUCAAACUCGCAUUCAGCGAGAAAGGUUUGGAGAGAGAAUAGACCUUUAUGAAGAAGCUCGAGGCAAGUAUAUAGUGGAUCGUGAUGUGUUAAAUGUGAUGCAGAAGCAUGCUGUAGUUAUGCAUCCUCUUCCAAGGCUGGAUGAGAUAACUAUUGAUGUUGAUGCGGAUCCAAGAGGUGCUUAUUUUAGACAAGCAAAGAAUGGUCUCUACAUCAGAAUGGCUCUUUUGAAGCUUUUACUCGUUGGAUGGUGAGGAAUGGGCCAUCUAAAGUUUGAAAUUUUGACGUUUAAUCUUUUUACCUGGCCCAGGUUUUUUUUUUUUUUUUGGCCAGUGAACAAAUUUGUGAGAAACGCGAGAAUUCUGUUACUUUUGAGGAAUAGGUCACAAAAAAUGAACAAUGAUAUAGUUUCAUUUUCCUUUUAUUUCC